AAUGAAAAGGGGAGUUAUCUGAAAGCAGAAACAAAACAAGAUACACAGGAUGUAAAGUCGCUCCGCUCCUCCAAUAAUUAGGUUCACGGGCAGCUGACCAACUCGGGCAACGGUCAGAUGCUUGGAGAGAGAAAAGUAGAGAUAACGGUGGUUACCCAAACACGUCCCUUAAAAUCCUAGCCCUUGCCUCAUUUCCAACGAAUUUUUUUCUUUGGUUUUCUCUCUUUUCUCUUUCUCUAUAAUCGAUCGGGAACUUCAUCGUCUAAUUAAAUCAAUUCUCCUCCUCCUCUCAUCUACUAAUCUUGAGAGCCAAUUACAAGAAGGAAAAGAUAAGGACGGUAUGAAUUUGUAGAGGAGAAAAAAGCUCGGUAGAAUAUAGAGAUGGAGUAGUUGAAGACUCGAAGUUUCUGAGAGAUUUGGACUUUGAUCUCUAUUGCCAUCACCAUUGUCUCCAAUUCCUUAAAUAUUUCUAUUUAUAAAGAGGGUAUUCUGUUUUCAAGAAUCAUGGCACAGGAGAGCUGGAAGAAGGAAACGGAGGAAACUGAAUGCCAAGCACCAGAAGGAAGAACCUUCUGUGCAAACAAUUGCGGCUUCUUUGGAAGUUCAACUACCAAUAACUUCUGCUCCAAAUGUUACCGAGAUCUUGUCAUGAACCAACAACAGCAACAAGUGAAAGCAUCUCCUCUCAUCCCCUUGCCUCAAAAGAUGCCUGCUUCGACCAAUUCGUUGCUGAUAUCUGAACCUGUCUUUGAGAGGAUUGAUAAGGUGGAAGAAAAACCUGAUUUGAAGAUUGAGCAAGGCCCAUCAUCUGCAGAGGUUGUCAAACAACAACCUAACCGUUGCAUGUCUUGUAAGAAACGCGUUGGUUUGAUAGGUUUCAAGUGUCGAUGUGGGGGUAUGUUUUGUUCUGUUCAUCGAUACUCGGAGAAGCACGAGUGCUCAUUCGAUUACAGAAAUUCUGGACGUGAAGCCAUAGCCAAAGCAAAUCCACUCGUCAAGGCUGAGAAAAUCCAAAAGAUCUGAUGCUUUUUUUAUAUGAAGAAUGAUGAUUCUUCCGAAAGGAAUGGGUAAUAUUUGCUUUCUUUUCUUUGCUCUCUUUUCGCAUUUUGCAACGUGAGAUUUCUUCUGAAUCCAAACAAGGACACAGAUCAGAAACUGGAAAAGAAAACAAAAAGAAGAGGAGAAAAGAAGGAAAGCAAAAGAGACAAGAAAUGCUUGAAGUACUAUAAGUACUUCAUGUCUAUGCUGUGAGUUUGUAUUGUAGUUUCUUAUCUGUAGGUUGUGGAAUGUAAUCUUCUGUAUAAUGUAAAUAAUUAAACCCACAGUUUCUAGGGAGCUCUUCGUAUGCUAUAAAAUGAUCUGUGCUUUGCUUUCCUUUUCGAUA